AUGACCUGCAACCCUUCAUGGCAUGAAAUUAUGGACGAAUUGCUUCCCCACGAAGAGGUGCAAAACAAACCUGAUCUAAUAGCGCGAGUUUUCCAUGCAAAAUUAACAAAAUUGAAAAAAGAUAUUGUCCAAAAGAAAUUGUUUGGCAAGGUUGCAGCAUAUGUUUACGUAAUUGAGUUUCAAAAAAGAGGAUUACCACAUGUACACUUUCUCAUCAUUUUAGAUCCAAGAUCUAAGAUUAGAACUUCAGACCAAUAUGAUGAGCAUGUCUACGCAGAAAUACCUGAACAAAAGACUAACCCUAAUCUUUAUGAAGCUGUUUUAAAGCAUAUGAUGCAUGACCCUUGUGGAAAUGAUAACCUAGGAAAUGUAUGCACCCGAGAUGGAAAUUGUAAAAACCAUUACCCUCGAAGCUUUUCUGAAACGACAUCGACAGGUCAUAAUUCAUACCCUAUAUACCGAUGUCGUAAUGAUGGAAAAAAGUAUUUGGUACAUAGAGUACAACUUGAUAAUAGGUGGGUAAUACCAUAUAAUCCAUAUUUACUAGCAAAAUAUGAUUGUCAUAUAAACGUAGAAGUGUGUUCUACAAUAAAAGCAGUUAAAUAUUUAUAUAAGUAUAUAUACAAAGGUCGCGAUCUGGUUGUUUUCGCUUUAUCUAACCCUGACAACAUAAGCAUAGGUGAUGAGAUCUCUUCAUUUCAGAUAGCACGAUGGAUAUCGCCCCCAGAAGCUGCUUGGCCUAUUUUCAGAUUUCCGCUGAAUAGUAUACAUCCAACGUUGUCUCUUUGCAAGUAA